ACUCAUCCAUUUUCUAAUUCUAAAACUCAAGAGAUCAACACACACACCCAAAAAAUAGACAUGGAGACAAUUCAAUCAUGGGUUUCAAAACACAAGCUCGCCGCAGUUGGAGGAGUGUGGGCAUCUGGAAUUGGAGGAACACUUCUAUCAUAUUCACGUACAAGGUCUCCAAUGAAGCCAAGUCUUAGGCUUAUUCAUGCUAGAAUGCACGCUCAAGCAUUAACAUUAGCGGUGUUGUCUGGUGUUGCCGCUUAUCGCUAUUAUGAGAAUUACAUUAUUGAGCCAAAACCACAAGUAGAAACUACUACUCCAAAUUUAAUCCAGAUGGAAGAGUGGGAGCUUCUAUGUCCUUUUUAAAUUCAAAUAAUUGUAAUCUUUUCUGUGGUA